GAAACCCUUUUCAUUGUGUUAUUUAUUUUCAAAGAUUGUUUAAUAAUGCCUAGCGUUUUCAGAAGAAAUGACACUUCAGCUGCCUCAACACGUUCGCAGUCCAAAACAGCACAAUCCCGAUUUCCUGGAGCCAGAGGCAAUACCAAAGGGUCUGGAAAUGAUGCCAAAAAUCAAGUGGACGACACCAAGAGUGACGUACCUUCAAAUCAUCUUACGGAGGUGGACAGGGAGUGGUUCAAUAUUCGAAUCCGGGACCUCGAGGAGAAAUUGUCAAGGGCUCUGGAUGAGCGUCAAAAGUUCGAGAGGGAAACCGUUGCGGCUACGGAUAUUCUCGACAAGUUGCGAUCAGACAACGAAGACAUCAUUCAAUAUCUGCAUCGUAAAUUGCAAUCAAGAGAUGAUCAAUGUGCAGAGCUCAAGGAGAGACUUAAAGGGCUGCAAAUGGCCCGCGAGAAAGAAAGUGAAGACUACGAACGAGAAUUUGAAGUUUCCAAACGGAUGUACGGCAAUAUGGAACAGCGACUAACAAGUGAAAUCAAACUUUUGCAGGGAAAACUAACGUCUUUGGAGGAAUUUCGAAUUCAAAAAGAUCUCUUCGAAAACCAAAUCAAAGAGGCCCAUGAUAGUCUCAAAAGAAAAGACGAGGAAUUGCCAAUGCACCUGGAACGGAUGGAGAGACAGACCGUUUUGCGCAUCGAGACGAUGAAAGAGGAACACGCCAAUGCCAUCAAAGAAAUCGCCAAGGAAAUGGAGAAGAAAGCCAUAACCAAGCUGAAUGAGACAUCGCGCAGAGCCCUGGAAGAAAACACUAUGCUACUGCGCCAAGUGGCUGUUGUCGGGAGCAAACUUGUGACCAUUGAAUCGCAACUGGCCACGUCUAGAUAUCAGAAUCAGGGGCUGAAAGCCCUGCUCAGCCGAAUCGAAGGCAAACAUGAAGAAGCAACUAAACAAUUGGCGAAGGAGAGAAGUAAACGAAAGACGCAAAUGGACAUUGAAGCCCUUCUUCAAAGGAAAAUCGUACAAUGCGAAGAGCUUGAGAAAGCCGAGUCGGAAUUGCGCACUGAGAAUGUCAGUAUGCAAAAGCGAAUUAUCCAAUACGAGCAAGAACGUUCGAAACAGCAGGAAACGCUGGCCGAGAUCAGUCACGCAAGCGAAAAGACACGUGACUACCUUUCUAAAAACAAGAAGAAAUGCGAAGCUCUUUCGCAAGGCAUUCAGUCUGCCAAGCGAAUUAUGGCUGCAGUUUUGGCGGCUGACAAAGAAGACAUGACUGCAGCUAUGUCUCAAGUGGUUGAUUUUAUCAACGAAGAUUUCAGUUCCUAAUGAAACGAAUUCAAUUGCUUUUAGAUUAUCUGAUUUUACAAUAACUGAGCACUAAUGUAUACGCUGAUCAUUAAUUUCAAUUCAUGUAGCCUGGAUUGUGUACCAAUGUAAUCCAUAUACGGCCAUUUCAAAGCUAUCAUCAGAUGCCAUCUAGAAAUCGACGCAAACAGUCGAAUUGGCAAGUUUCAGGUUUCCACGCACGUGUAGUCCAUAUUCGGAUGGCAUUGGGUAAACAUCUGGGAGGAAAACGAAUGAAGAAGCAACUCUCACCGAAAUUUCUCAUUGAAACCAUCAGCUAUUCUGAAAGAAAAAAAAAAACAAGGGAUUCUAUAACCUGUCGAGCUAUCUAUCGACCUUGAUUUAGUAGUAACUGGUAGCUCUAAAAUGAAACGCUCUGAACGUAAGUAUUGUGAUUUUAUUCUGAUAGUUGAUAACAAAUCUUAAACAAGCGGGUGUUGACUGAAAUCGCAUUGGCCAUCAAAUGAGGUUUCUUUUUAAUUUCCACUUUUUUUCCAGCACGCGCCACGGGGUUUUUGUAGUUUCACAAACGAAGCGACGACCAGUACAAAAAAGUUCCCCGUUCAACUUAGACACUAAUAAUUUAUACCAAAAAUCCCCUGUGAUGUCUACAAGAGAAAUUAUUGGUGAAUAACUUGCCAAACAAGGAAAAUCCAAUGUCAUAGAAAUUAUUUUUUUUAACUACUUGGUACUUGCUAUACUUUUGAUAUACUGUGGGUUUACCGGGUUGUUGCCGGGUAUUUACCAACACGGUUUUUGCACUCAUUGUUGAGGACCGUAGCUUACGUCAACAGAUUUCUCUUGAAAGGGAGAAACUGUGCUCCCAAAUUGAAAACUAGAACAACUGAGGCGAAUAACCCCGCCAAUUACUUAUAGAGAUCUUGCCAAACUAAAAAAACGUGGCUCAACGUGGCUCAAAUCACGUUUUCGUUGCGGUCUAUAGUUCGAUCAAGACAUAAUAUGGCAAGUUGACACAGAAAAAAAAAAGUUUCGUGGGUCUCUUAUAAUUAUUUCUUAAACCGGAAUUAUCAGAUCGUUGGCCAAUAUAUAGGUUACUACUACUACUAUUGCUUUGCUGAAUUAAGCCAGCUUACAUUAAGGUAGGAUUGUUCUGGAGAGCCUGCAGACAUGAGAAAUAUUCCAAAAUUCCAUUUAUGAAAUUGAGUUUUUUUCUUUCUGCAUGACGUCUGCGUGAUCAAGCUCGUGCCUUUUCCUCCUGACCUUAUCCGCUGCUGUUGUAGAACAAGAUUUUUAUUUCUGUCCUUUUUUCUAUCUUAUAUUCACCGUCGUCACUUUCUUCUUUUCUCCGGAUUGGCGAGCUGUUGGCAAGUGUCGAUCACAGCAACAGCAGCAGAGAUCAACGAAUCGAGCGGCCUUAUAAACCACCGGCAUUCGUCUCACUUCCACACCAGUCGAUAACGGAACACAACCGCGAGAAAAUCAGCGAAUAGAAUCUGACUAAAAUGCUGACUAUUAGAUCACUAUUUGUCUUCGUCUUGUUGGCGUGCAUCGCUUCCUUGGUCCUUCCUUUGGUCUCGGCCGCACCACAGAACCGAGUUUCGCGUGCUGCCAGCGGAUGUUUCCUUCCAUUAUCGAGAGGUAUCUGCAGAGCGCAUUGGGUUCGAUAUUAUUUCGAUCCAUCCAGCAGAUCGUGCCAGUCUUUUGUCUACAGUGGAUGCGGUGAAAAUGGCAACAAUUUCCACUCGCUCAACGAAUGCAGAUUAGCGUGUCUAAACUAAAUGUGAAAAACGUUUCAUUUUAUGUUUUGUCCAAAUUUAUUCCUUUCUUUAACUUGUUAAUUUGAUGACAACUCGAGACAUUUUAAUCUGUAAGUUUAUUUAUUCCAUCCACACUACAAAUAAAGAUUGUUUUUCACAAAAAAGGGAUACACCCAUUUUAUUUUUACAGUGACAACUGCGUGCGCCCCCCAAGACAAACUAACAAGCAAAUAAAUUAAAAACACGCAUCGUUGAAUGCCGGUUUUUACUUCGUUGAAUUAAAAUGGCAUGGAUAGAUGACUUGCUGGCGAAGACUUCUGGAAUUUGCCAGUUACGGAAAAGGUGUGACCAGUCACCACCAGUCACAGACCCGACCUAUAAAAACCCGCCAUCCGACACAUCUUCCUCAGUCGAACGCAGAUAUUGCUCAGUACAACCACUUAUUACUCGCAAUAUCCAGUAAUUUUCAAACUGAAAAUGUCAUUCAUUAUCCUGCUCUGCCUGGUUGCCUUUGCUUCAGCUGCUCCCCAACGAGCUGCCGUUCCAGUCCUUCAAUUAGACCCCGUUUGCCUAUUGCCUCCUGUUGCUGAUUCUACACAAAACUGCAAUAACUACUCCGUCAAGUACUAUUUCGAUCCGGUCGAUGGCGACUGCGAAGAUUUCCUUUAUUCCGGAUGCGGCGCCACUGAAAAUGUUUUCAACUCCGAAUUGGCCUGCGAACUCCGCUGCGAAAAUGUCCACGACCGAUUGAACAGCCACGAGAGCAUCGAGGUCUUCGGUCGCUAUUGGGAUUAAUUGCAACGCACAUCUUUUUUCACGCUCUGUUUCAAUUGUGCAAUAAUUUUUUUCAGUUUGAUGUGUUUGUUGAAUUUCAAUCCAGGUUAUACUGUACCAACUUAUUACUGUUGACAUUUUUCUCAAUCCGCAGUUACAUUUUUUUGUUAACUUCCAAUGUAAUCCGAUAUAAAUACAGUUGAAGUUUGAUUAGAA